UUAUUUUCCUCGUGUAUCAUGAUGUUUCUUGUGCGUGUGCCUCAUUGAAAAAUUUUUGGUCGCGCAACACCAGUAAAUUAUUAAAUUAAUAAUACUACUACUUGUUUAUAAAUUGGACAUAGUUAAGAAUCAAUAAUUAGGAUUAGUUGCGUAAAAAGAGCUAGGUUUGAGAAUCUUAAUACGGACAAUAUAGGCCGGAUUGACGACGGUUCCAUUUUCUUGUCUUCAGAAAACACGACGAUUUCCUAAUUUCGUAAUCGUAACAGUUUACUCAAUAAUUAUGGCAGCGUCAACGUCAUCCCAGAAGAUUCCAUCUGGGACCGUGCUUGAUUCAAUGCAAAACUCUUCUGAUAUACAAUUCAGUACCACGAAAACGGUAUUAAGGAUGAAGCGGCGGAUGGAAGAAUCCCCUUCCAAAAUUUUGGUAAUGUCCUACAAGCGAUGCAAACAGAGCAACAAUUUAAUGCUCGGUGCUGAUGAGAUUCCAACAGAGGAAAUCAACCGAGUGUUUCGUUUGGCUGGGACGGUUGAUAAUGAUGAGGUUGAUGACGACAGAUCCAUUUCAAAAACAAUCAAGGACGCUCUGGAAAUUGUUGAACGUACAAAAGCAUUGGAAAGAUUUGAAAAAAUUAAAGCUCGGGAAACCAACCGACCUUAUAAGCAAAGAAAAUCGUUUCGUCACCUUGAGAAAGCCAAAGAAGAUGUCAAACAACAUGCAGUGGACAAUCGGUUUCGAGUUAUUUCUCAACGACGUGGUUUGCCACAUGCGGAAAGCAUAGAUGUUGAUGGCCAUAAGCUGAUUGAAGGAGUUGACGAGAAUGAUGAAAAUGAGCCAACGCUGUUGUUCAAUCUACUCGACCUUGUCGCCGACGACGAGAAUGAGCCAUCUUCCGAAAAGAAGCCUCGUUCUAGCACGGAUGUCCGUGAAAUCGGUAGUAUCACGGUGAAUGGAGUUCCGAUGGUGAAAAAUGACAAUACCACCGAAGCGUCAAAUAUUCUUAUUUCUUCUAAAUCUGGAUUCGUAUUUGAUUUGUAUGUUGCCAAAGAUGUAAUGACGGAAGACCAAUUUCAAAACCAGUUUGUGAGUGUCCGUCCAGCAGAUGAUGAUUAUGAAUUUGAUUUUGAUCAUGACGAUGAAUCAGAUCAAGAACGACCUGAGGACGACGAGGAUUCAAACGAGGAAGAUAAUUGGCGAAAUGAUUACCCCGAUAGUGACCCAGACAUCAGAUUCUCCAUUGGAUGACUGCAUUGCACUACCCCUUUUCAGUAGUUUGGUCCGGAAUAAUUUUAUUGAAUGCUGGGUGUUUAAAAUUGAAUAAAUCCGUCAUUUCUUAACCGAUUUAUAUCAUUUUGGUCAAAAUGUCCGGCCUAGAUUACUAAACACCAAAAGACCUGAUCUGGAGGUGCAAAACCAACAACAACAAUUUCACGCAGUUUACCAAGUUUACCUUUCGUUACCACCGUAAAAGAAAGUAGAAAUUCACAGAAAAAGGCCACAGACAAAUAUCAGUAAAAGUCCCUAUAAUGUUACUAAUUGCCCUAGUAGCUCAGAGGUCAGAGCACUUGACAUGAAUUCAAGGGAGCCGUGGUUCGAUUCCCGGCUGGGUAACAAUUUUUGGCAUUAUUCGGGAUUUACGUAUUUGAUUUCUAAAUAAAUUUGGUUUCCACAAGGAUAGAAGUAGUGUUAAAAU